CUUGGCUGUAGUGGUGCAGGGAGGUAUACACUCCCAAGAUGAACAGAUAUUUUCUACUAGUCUUGUGUCUAGUGACACUGUCUAAUGUACAGCUGGGACAGUCUCAAUCUGAUGUUGCUAAGAUUGCAGCAGCUGUGUUCAAAGCUCUGAGUCCCCUAUUGUAUGAGAUGAAGGAAGACAUUAGCUGUGUGAAGAGUGAAAUAGCCAAUCUCAGUGAGACAGUCAGUCACCUAGCUGAGGAACUGCAA